AUGGACGACACCAAUAGGCUAUACGAAGGGAUCACGGAGUCCUACCAGGAGUGGAUCAACAUACCUGAGGAACACCAUUUGCUUUGCCCUAAGACGACGAAUGAUGACGACUUUGAUGACUACGUCAGCGACGGGCCCUCGUCUGACAUCACUCCCGAGGAGAAGGAGCAGAGAAUACAGGAGGGAAGACGUCGCGUCGAGCUCACCUACGACCUCAGUUUGUUACUGGGCAUCACAGAGGAACAGUCCAGUGGCUGGAAAGAGCAAUGGAUCGAGCGCACCGAGUCUUUCUUGACAAAAUGUGAUGGCUGCGUGUUGCGCUGGCACAUGCACCGAAAGAAGUUCUUCGAGAAACUGCAAGGCUCCUUUGACGAAGACGUUGCCACCAUCAUGGAAAACAAAUUGAACGAGUUCGACAAGGCUCGAAUAGACAGGGGUCUCCAGAAAGCAGCCGCUAUUCUCGAGGCGAAUGGACCAAUGAGUUCGGCCAAGAUCGCCCAGCAAGAUGACACCGCUAUUCUGGCUCUAUUCGAGGCCCUGUGCUGCAUGGCAUAUGUUGGUGAGCCACAGGUUCGGCAACGCUAUUUCAAUAAGGUCUUUCAGGAUGUUCAGACUCGUAAACCUCUGAAAUUGGGAUCACAGGUUGUGCCGACUAUGGCCUUCUUCCUUUUCGAAGAGGACCAGUAUCGCAACCGAUUUGCCAAGUCGGCCUGGGAGGUCCUCAAUCCCGAAUGUCUGACAGAAGAGGAGUUCGACUUCGCGGUCAGUGAAUCACUCACAAACGCUAUCCGAGAAGUAAGUGCGGUAGACCCAGAAACGGGGACCUUGCGCGUCUCUCAGAACAAGGUCAGAGUCUUUUGGGAAGGCUUUCUCCUUCUCUUGAACUCUAUGAGCGAGGAGAUCGUGGUGCAUUGCCUUCGGGGGAUGGACGCAGAUGUCUACCAGCUUGCCAUUCAACAUCUCCAGCUCUGCCAUUCGGACGAGAUCUUGCUGCUGGUCCUACAUGCGAUCGCUGCACUUCUACAGAAGUCACCCAAGGCAUUUUGGGGCGCGUUAGACCUUCCACGGGCACAGCUCGCCCAGUUUGUGUUCAUGAACCCAGCGUUCACGCGGUUGCUCUCACGAUCCUUGGAGUAUGAUAGACUCGUUGCCGACGGGCACAUUCGUGUCCCCUUUCUUGCCGUCUGGGUCAGGACUGUUAUUGGGUCGCUCCAGCAGCACGAGUUGCCAGACGUGUGCCAGUCUCUCACAGACCACCUCUUCUCUGCCCGUCCUGACUUAGACGCUUCAAGGGAAGCACAGGUGACUCGAACAAUCGCUGGCUUGUACGCCUUGAAAACAUCGCUCGACAGCUUCAACGGUGGCGCCUUCCAAAUCCGAAUGGGUACAUCCAUUAUAUACAUAAAUUCCCUUAUCAACCUCGUCGUCAAAUACGCGGCCAGCGUCAUCAAUCCUGCCGCAGAACUGCGGGCAGAGGACCGGUUCAAUGUAGGGUUAUCACAAACGGCCGUCGACGUCAUCAAGACAUCUCUUGUCCUCGACUCGAAGACGACUCGUACUGAGUGGAUGACGCUUAUGCGUGGGAAUGUCAAGAUUCCCAGGACCAACCCAAGACAUUCCGCUCAGCUCUGGGACAGAUUCCUCGAGAUAUUCUGGCCCGGCCGGCCUGGCACUGUCGAUAUCGCGAAGUCGAUGUUGUCUGCUAUGCAUCCGCUCAACGGAAUCGGAAAACUCUUGCCCCCAAAGAAAGAGACUAUGAAGGACCCCGAGAAGAAACUGUUCAAUCAAGAUCUGGACCGGACCGCGGAAGCAGUUGGUCGCAUGAUGGAGCGUCUCAGCGGGUUUGCUCUUACGGAUCUGGAAGCGCUUUGCAGCGAUUCACAAAGCGGUAUGAUGUAUGCCGUUGUUGCCUCUCUCGUGCACGCUGAGGAUCCUAUUCGCGAGGCUGGCAUCUCCUUGAUCAAGACCAUCACAAGCGAAGCAACGAGGACGGAUGCAGUAGCGCAGAUGGCUUCGGACUAUUUCCAGCCUUUUCUGUCGACCUUCUCUGACGUCGUCCGGGGUGUCACGUACGACAAAGACUCGAUGAAACCUUUUCCGCCGAUGCCCCAUGUCUUGACUUGCAGCAAUGACCUGGUCAAUGCCCUUUGUGACACUUCCGGGCUGCUUAGGUCAAGAGCACUCUCAGGCAUUGAGUAUACUGCCGUCAUGUCAUGGUGGACAACUCAAUGGGAAGGAAUGCAACAUGCUUUUCUUCAACUUCGAGUCUGGAACGAACAGAUGGACAAGUCAAUCCUUGAGGCGUUUUGUCGUAAGACUAUGGAACUCGCCCAGGCGCUCCUCGACAAGGACGGUGUCGUCGCGUCUGCGCUCGGCGCACAGAGCCCGGAGGCUGAGGCCAUGAAGACUGUCUUGGAGCAGCCACGACUCAACACUCGUGGGAUAACUAAUAUGAUCAAGCUGCGGGACAUCGUUCUAUUGGACACAACCGUGCAAACACUGCUCAAGCUUCUUAGUCGCCUGGCUCAGUUCGGGCUUGACUUGGAUACACACAGUGCGUCCACUAUUCGGCAAGCUUGCAUUCCAAAACCAGACGGCAAAUUCACUAUCAACAGCAACUUGACUCCGACGCAGAAAGUUGAACUUCUGAAGGCGAUCGGGGAGGAGGAGGAGACUGUCACCGUCUCGAAGGUCACUGAACGGCCGAAGAAACAGAGCAGUCUCGAUGCCUGGUCCAAAUCUGGGACCAGCACUCCGCUGUCCCGGUCCGGGAGCACCACGCCUGUUCCCACGAGCCGAGUAGAUGUCAAGCCAUCCUCAAGCAAGCUCGAAAAAUUGCGCUUGACGAGCGAGAAGACCAAGCCAAAGCUGCUGAGACCAGAGCCCGCCAAAGUCAGCAAUGCCAAGUUCCUGGAGGACCGAAAGCGGGCACAGGCCGAGAAGGCUGAGCGGAAAGCUGCUGCCAUCGCCGAAGCCAAAGCUCUACGGGUGGUACCUGGAGAAGGCUCAGGAUUGAGGGGCGUAUCAGGAGUUCUAGGCAAAGAUCAUGGCCCGCAGCCGAAGAGCGACAUGAUGGUUGACAGCUCGGAAGAAGAUGACGACUCAUCGGAUGAUGAUGCCCUAAUUACCCCCAAAGGUGGCAACAAGCUGGAUCAUGACGCAAAACAGCGUGCACUUCAGUUGGCAGCCAAGAAGAUGGGUCCAUUAAAGAAAGAGAAAAUGAAGCGAACCGCGAAAGAUCUGCGGGCUAGGAUCAUUCCUCCCAUGGACGUUCUGCACCAGUCCAUCCUUGAGUGGGAUAUCUUCCACGAAGGCAAUGACCCGCCGAAUGGCGAUGUGUGCGUCGAGGUUGCGAAUACAUACAUGACUCAUCAGGACUACAAGUCGACCUUUUUCCCACUCCUGCGAUACGAAGCAUGGCGCUCUUUCGUGACAGCCAAAGAUGAGACCACGUCGAAGCCGUUUGGUAUCAAGGUGAUGAACCGCAUGACCGUCGACAAGUUUAUGGAGGUCACCACUUCGAUGCCCAAGGUACAGAACAAGGAGCUGGGGCUGAGCGAGGGAGAUAUUGUGAUAAUAUCACAGUCAGAGGACCCACUGAACCAAAAGACCGCUGCUCACUGUUUGGCUCGCAUAUGGAAGAUGACAUACAAGAAAGACAACCUUGAAGUGGCAUAUCGCCUCAAUGCCAGGGGCAAUCAGAUCAUGCAAUUCUUGCAGGCAGGAGCACAGUUCUUUGCUGUCAAGAUCACCAACAUGACGACGGUCGAGCGUGAAUACGCGGCAUUGGAGAGCCUGCAAUACUACGACCUUUUGGACGAAGUCUUGGAGGGCAAAACCUUCCCCACUCCUCAGUUAUGGAGAUGA